UGUAACUGUGAGUACACCACCCGCAUGUGCAAUAAUUUCUGCUGCCAAAGAAAAUACGAAAACAAAAUGCCGACAAUUUCUUUUUAACUUUUAUUUCUUAUAAUUUUCUGUACGUUCCCAUCUCCAUUCUCCAUUCUUCUCCUUCUUAUUUCUUACACUUAACACUCCAUCAUUGGAGCUUCACUUGACUUCUCAUUUAGUGAGAGAAACAAUGGCUACAAAGAGAGAGAAGGAUAGUUAUGGGAAUAUGAGUUGAUUUUUAAGAAAUGCAGCUGGGUUUCUAUUUCAAUCUACAGCUGCUCAUCUUUUAAUCUUAUUCUUCUUUACAAAUUGGAUUGUAUAUUUGGAAGAACUUGGAGGUGAUAGUAGUUUAUUUAGUAGUGGUUAGGAGGAAUUGUUAUUCUGGCCUGGGAAACUUACGUACAUAACUGGUGUGGAAACCAGUCACUUGUGAGGUCCAAACCCGCGGCUUGGCUGUUUUUUGCAGUAGUCAUGGCGACCUUGUUAAAUUCCGAAUCCAGGCGGUUGUAUUCUUGGUGGUGGGACAGCCAUGUUAGCCCCAAGAACUCUAAAUGGCUUCAGGAGAAUCUCACUGACAUGGAUGCUAGAGUAAAAGCAAUGAUCAAGCUCAUUGAAGAGGAUGCUGAUUCAUUUGCUCGGAGGGCUGAGAUGUACUAUAAAAAACGACCCGAGCUUAUGAAACUGGUUGAAGAAUUCUACAGAGCUUACCGUGCAUUGGCGGAAAGAUAUAAUCAUGCCACUGGAGAGCUCCGCCAUGCUCAACGAACAAUGGCGCAAGCGUUUCCUGACCAACUGCCGUUUGGACUGGCUGAUGAUGCAGCGUCUGGUUCAGAGCCAGACACACCUGAAACACCGCAUCUUAUUCAAUCCUUUUUUGACCCUGAUCAUCUUCAGGGGCAAUCCACCUCUGGUUCACAAGGUAGCGGAUUCAGCAGGAAGGGUUUGAAGCAGCUUAAUCAUAUGUUUCAUUCCGUAGAUGUUGGGGUUAAAGAGUCAAGUUCUGCAGAUAGUAGGUCUGAAGGGGGCAAACACUUGUUUGAUAGUCCGAAGGGGGAGAGAAAUUCAGGUGGAUUUUUGACUCAGUUAUCAAAGGAGAAUCAGAAGUUAAAGAGUCAGGUUCUUACUGAAUCGGAGCGAGCCAGUAGAGCCGAAAAUGAACUACAAACCCUGAAGAGGGCCCUUGCUGAGCUAGAAGCUAAAAGAGACGCCAUUUUUCUGCAAUACGAGCAGACUCUGCAUAACCUUUCUAAUCUAGAAAAAGAUCUCAGUCUUGCCCAAAAGGACUCUAAAGAUCUCGAUGGGCAAGUGCGUGAAGCGAAAACUGAAAUUCUAACUUUGAAAGAAGCCCUCACAAAACUGGAAGCUGAAAGAGAUGCAAGUCUUUUACAAUCCCGACAAACAUCGGAGAAAUUAGCCGCUGUUGAAAAGUCUCUCUGCCAAGCUUUUGAUGAUUCUACGAGAUUCAACGAGCGUGCUGUUCAUGCAGAGUGUGAAUCCCAAAAAUUCAAGCAAGAAAUUGCUAGAUUACUGGAUGAAAAAGAAGCUGUUGAGCUAUUAUACAAAGAGUGCUUAGAAAAGAUGGGUGCUUUAGAGAAAGAACUUGCACAACUUGAAGAGAGCUUGAAAAGGCUCAGUGUGCAGUCGGAAAAUUCCGAGAGGGAAGUGAAAAUGUUGAAGGAAGAAAUCAAAAGAGUAAAUGAAGAAAGAGAUGCUCUGGCUUCCUGUUAUAAGCAGAGCUUGGAGAUAAUUUCUAAACUGCAGCUCGAGUUGAGUGAAGUUCAGGCAGAUAAUAUCCGCCUUAACUCCGAGAUCUUGUUGGGCGCUACUAAACUGAAGAGUGCUGAGGAGAAGUGUGAUAUGUUGGACAAAACAAAUGAAUGUUUACAGUCAGAAGCCGAAAAAUUGGUGCGGAAAAUAGCCGCAGCAGACCAGGAACUUUCACAAAAGCAGGCUGAGCUCGAAAAGCUAACUGCCAGUUUACAAGAGGAACACUCUCGGUUUGUUCAAGCAGAAGCGACUCUCCAUACUCUUCAGGAUGAGCACUUUCAAUCUCGAGAGCAGCAGAAAGCACUCACAUUGGAACUCAGAAAUGGGCUCCAAAUCAUUAAAGACUUGGAGAUAAGCAAACAAGAUCUAGAAGCAAAUGUUUGUCAAUUGAAGGACCAAAAUCAGAACCUGAAUGAUUUAAAUCAUUCCAUUACUAAUUCACAAAAGAACGUUGAAGCCGAGAUUUUGAGACUAAAGGAGAUCAGAGAUAAACUUGAAGCUGAGGUUAAACGUCAAGCAGAGCAAAGCGACGCUCUUGAGCUGCAGGUUCACAAUUUGGAAGAAGAAAUUGAGGGCUUAUACAAGAGAUACCGGGCUCUCAUACUGCAAGUGGAGGCUGUUGGUCUAGAUCCGGAAUGCUUUUCAUCGGCAGUCAAGGGCUUACAAGAUGAGAAUUCGAGGCUUAAAGAGAUAUCUGUGCAGGACAGAGAUGACAGAGAAAUUCUAGUCAAAAAGUUGCAAGCCAUGGAAGAGAUCCUCAGAAAGAAUGAAAAUUUGGAAACCUCGUUGUUGAAUGUGAAUGCCGAGCUGCACAAUUCACAGAAGAAUGCCCAGGUUUUGCAAGAAUCUUGCAAUGGUUUGAUUGAAGAGAAGUCUUCCCUUGUUUCGGAGAAAGCUGCCUUGCUAUCCCAGCUAGAAGCAAUCACUAAAACUAUGCAGAGUGUCAUAGAGAAGAAUAAUUUGCUGCAUGAUUCCCUCUCUGGUGCGAAUGCUGAACUAGAAGGUUUGCGAGCUAAAUCGAAAGGGCUGGAGGAGUUCUGUCAGCUACUCACUAGUGAAAGAUCUAAUCUUCUGACUGAGAGAAGUAGCCUGGUUUCUCGGUUGGAGAUCGUGGAGCAGAAGCUAGAGAAGCUGGAAACUAGAUUCACAAACUUGGAAGACAAGUAUGUGGGUCUCGAAAAGGAGAAGCAAGUGACUCUUAGCCAGGUUAAUGAGCUACAGGUUUCCCUCAAUGUGGAAAAGCAAGAACGUGCGGGUCUUGUGCUGGCCAGUGAAGCUAGAUUAUCAGCAAUGGAGGGCCACAUCCAUGACCUUCAAGAAGAAAACAAGUACCGAAAGAAGGAAUUCGAGGAACAGCUAGAGAAAGCUGUCAAUGCUCAGGUUGAGAUUUUCGUCUUGCAGAAAUUUGUUCAAGACAUGGAAGACAAAAACUAUUCUCUUUUGAUCGAUUGUCAGAGACACGUUGAAGAUGCUAAAUAUUCCGAUAAGCUGAUCACGGAAUUAGAGAAUGAGAAUAUGAUUCAAGAAGUGGAAGCUGAGAUCUUGUUGGAAAAGAUUGACACACUAAGGAAAGGAAUUCAUCAUGUUUUAAAAGCCUUGGAGAUUAAACAUGGCAGUGAUGCUGAAGCCGAGCAGAAUUUUAUUCCAUAUAUACUUGCUAAUGUUAGAAACUAUAAACACUCUUUGUCUGAAAUUAAAGAUGAGAAUCAGAAAAUUUUAGUUGAGAAAUCCAUUCUGACAACAAUAAUCGGGCAACUUCAUAUUGAAUGCGCGGAGCUGUCUUCUAGGAAGAUUGCCGUUGAGCAGCAAUCUCUAACAUUGGCACAAAAACUUGCAACUGUUGAAGACGAGAAACAACAGCUUCUUGAAAGGAGCAAGCAGUUGAGCAUGGAAGUGGAUGAAAGAGAGAGAAGGGCACAAGCUUUGGAUAUGAAAGCGAAGAAUCUGCAUUUAAAGCAAACACAGUUACAGGGUGCCUAUGUUACACUUCAGGAGAAAAAUCUCAACUUUUUCGAAGAGAACCGGUCUCUGCAGCAGGAAUUAUUGCAUAUUAAGAAGGAAAAGAACAUUCUAGAAGAGGAGAGUGAUGAUAUCCUUGUUGAGGCUCUAGCUUCCGGCUAUCAAUCUAUAAUCUUGAAAAGCUAUGGAACAGAGAAAUCCUGUGAAUUGGGUAUACUUUUUCAUGAAAUAAAGUCUCUUGGAAAAGCUUACAGAAAUCUUGAAAAUGAAUCUAGAGAUUUGGAAGAAGAGUUGAUAAUGAAGGAAAUGGAGAAUUUGACUCUGAAGGCAUCAAUGGAAGACUUGGAAGAUAUGCAACAUGAACUUAGUGCUCGUAACGAUCAACUGAGGCGUGAAGUUUCCGAGGGAAAGGAGUUGCUGCAGCAAAAGGAUAAAGAAAUUUCUGAUGUGGAGCAAAAGAUUAUAGCUGCGAAGGAUGAAAACCGAGAAUUGUGCAAUACUGUUCAGUUCCUUCAAAAGAAUUUUGAAAAUUUGGAAGGCAUGAAGGCAGUUUUAGAGCAAGAGAUGGUCGAACUAUCCGAAAACAAUUACUAUCAAGAGAAAGAAAUUGUACAUCUUCGAGAUGCUAAUGGAAACUUAGAGUCUGAAGUAGGCAAAUUACAUGAAGAAAUAGAAGAAUAUAAGAUCCGAGAAGUGAUUUUGACUUCAGAGCUUCAUGAAAGGAGUAGUGAAUUUGAACUUUGGGAGGCUGAAGCAGCUUCCUUCUAUUUUGAUCUGCAGAUUUCUUCUGUACGUGAAGUUUUAUUCGAAAAUAAAGUCCAUGAUCUUAGCAACUUGUGCGAGAGUCUUGAGCAUGUGGGCAUUCGAAGAAGCAUGGAGAUUGAGAAUAUGAAACAGAAAGUCACUUCCUUGGAAAGUGAAGCUGAGGCUCUCAGAUCCCAGCUCACGACGUGCUUACCAGUUAUAGAAUCUCUCAAGAAUAAUAUAUCAAUGCUCGAGAGAAAUCCAGUCUUGCAGGCAAAGCUACAUGCUACUUCCACUGCAGUAAAGCAGGAAAAUUUGGAGCAAACAUCGACAAACGUUUCUGAGUUGCGAAAACUGCAGGAUAGAGUCAAGGUGAUAGAAGAUGUAUUGCAAAAAGAGAAGGAAAUGGUGGCCAAACAAGAACAAUCAAUUGCCAAUAUCAGGCUUGAUGCUGCGCUCAAAGAAAUUGAAGAGCUGAAAACGAGAAUUUACGGUCAUCACUAUUAUCAAGAGGAGCAUCGGUACAGCGGCCGAAUAUCUGAAUCUGAAACUCCGGAAGUAGUAAGUGGGGCAGAGAUGAAGGAUAUACCCCUCGACCAAGCUUCAGGCCGAUCAUUCCGGGGCACGAGCCAGAGAGGCAGUGCAACGUCUGAUGAUCAGAUGCUUGAGCUGUGGGAAGCAGCAGAGCAGGAUAGCUCUUGCCUUGAUCAAUCGAUAAGUGAGGUGCAAGAACAUGGAACAAAUACCAUCGAGGAUGAAAUUUCAGACCAAACUAGUUUAAACAACCCAACUCCGGAAUCAUUCUUUGAGAAGGAGUUGGGAGUGGAUAGGCUAGAAUUGUCGAGUAGAAGCACUCGGUCUCACAAAAACGGAACGAAGAAAACCGUGUUGGAGAGACUCACUUCCGAUGCACAAAAGUUGAUAACCUUGCAGGUUUCAAUUCAAGAGCUGAAGAGAAAAAUGGAGCCGGAAAAGAGGAGGAAAAAAGGCAAAGAUGUCGAGUACGACACUUUUAGGGGACAAUUACAUGAUGCAGAGAACUCCCUAGUCGAAUUAAUGGAUAUCAAUGCUGAAUUGAUCAGAACCAUCGAGGAGAGCCACAUGCCGUCAGCAAUGAGACCCGAUGGAUUGUCAGAUGAGGCUGAGAGUACAAGGCAGAAGCGGGUUUUAGAGCAAGUACGUAAAGAGGCCGACAAGAUUGGAGUACUGGAGCUUGAGAUGCAGAAAAUGAAAUAUAUUUUCCUGAGGCUGAACAAUAACAAGAGUAAAGGCAAGAAAGGCAAAGACGAUAGUUCGAGAAGCAGUGCAGCUGUUGUAUUGCGGGAGUUUUUCUACAGUCGAGUACGCAAGAGUAAAAAGCAGAAGAAGCCCCGUUUUUGCGGCUGUUUGAGACCUACGGCUACUAAAAACUGAGGUAACUCGAGGAACUGUUGUAUCGGGUUGAACGUAGCAUUUGUAACGGUAGAAGUGUACUUUGCAGGGUCUUGUUUUUCAUGGGUGCUCUGUAGUUUUUAGGCUUUAUAGUGUCCAGAAGCAUGCUAAUCUAAUUAAAUUAGAUAAUGCUCUGAUUUCUAGUAGAUUAUUCAGUCAAUGUGGUCUUAAUCUUUUAGCAAUAUGAACUUGUGAUGUGUAACAAUUAUGUUUCUACUAUGUUCCCCACUGAUUGUGCAGAACUGAAGCUUGAAUUACCUCUAAA